GCAACCAGGCAAGAGCACGCCCAGUACUCUCAGAAGAUGCAAAAUGCUCAAGUAAAUUCUUUCCCCCCUUUCAGAGCCACCCUUCARAAUCCACCAUGAUUUCUGUCUUCGAGUCUGAGUUCCUGAACGUCAUGAUUGGGGUGGUGUGCGGCGUGUGCCUGGGAUGGGGCAUCCGGGGGAGGCUCCGCAGGAAGCCUGGAGCUGGAAUGCCAGAACCUUCCAACAGCCUGGGGAGUGAGGCCGACAUCAUGGGAGAGUCUGGGGAGCUCAAGCUGGUGCUGAUCGUCCGCAACGACCUCAAGAUGGGCAAGGGCAAAGUAGCAGCGCAGUGCUCCCAUGCUGCUGUCUCUGCCUACAAGCAGCUUCGCAGAAAGAAUCCUGAGCUCCUGGAGCAGUGGGAAUAUUGUGGACAACCUAAAGUGGUCCUCAAAGCUCCCGAUGAAGAGACUCUGGAGAAGCUCCUGACUGAGGCAAAGCGCCUGGGGCUGACUGUGAGCUUGAUACAGGAUGCUGGGCGUACUCAGAUAGCUCCAGGCUCCAGGACAGUCCUUGGGAUCGGACCAGGGCCAGCUGAUGUCAUAGAUAAAGUUUCUGGUCACCUUAAACUCUUCUAAACUGGUACCAAAAAGACAUGGAUGCGUUCAUGUAUGUCAGUACUGAAGGGAUAAAAAUCCAAGUUGGGGGAUUUUUCUUUAUUUUCCCUCAGUGUUAAUAAAACAAGCAAGUUUUGUUAAGAUUUCAA